UAUCGCGUUGUGAGAGUGAGAGUGUGCCGUGCUAUAAAGGAAUUUACUCACAUUCUACUCGUGCAUGACGAGGUUUUAGACCAGUUGGAAUCUAUGUAACAAGAUGAGGCAGCUGUCGACCCUGUUAUCAGUGGUCUUCAUCUCCACCGCAGUCUCUCACUCGAUAGAGAAGAGAGAAUCCAACGAGAAGCGUGUGGUGUGCUACUACACCAACUGGAGCGUCUACAGACCUGGCACGGCCAAAUACAACCCUCAAAACAUCAACCCUUACCUGUGUACCCAUCUCAUCUACGCCUUUGGAGGGCUGGACCGCGAGAAUGGGCUCAGGCCUUACGACAAGUACCAGGACAUUGAGCAAGGUGGCUAUGCGAAGUUCACCGGACUCAAAUCCUACAACAAGAACCUCAAGACGAUGUUGGCCAUCGGAGGAUGGAACGAGGGUUCUGCGAGGUUCUCUCCUCUCGUAGCAGACGACGAGAGAAGAAAGGAGUUUGUCAAGAAUGUAGUAAAAUUUUUACGAGUAAACCACUUUGAUGGUUUGGACCUGGACUGGGAGUAUCCUGCCUUUAGAGACGGAGGGAAACCCAGGGACAGAGACAAUUACGCUCAAUUAGUGCAGGAGCUUAGAGAAGAGUUUGACAGAGAGCAUGAAAAGACGGGAAGACCACGGCUGUUGCUGACGAUGGCGGUGCCAGCUGGCAUAGAGUACAUAGACAAGGGCUACGAUGUUCCCAAACUUAACAGGUAUUUGGACUUCAUGAACAUCCUCAGCUACGACUAUCACUCAGCGUUUGAGCCGGCUGUCAACCAUCACUCUCCGUUGUUCCCUCUCGAGGAGGACAACGAAUACAACUUUGACGCUCAACUCUCCAUUGACUACACAGUGAAGCACUAUCUGAAGCUGGGAGCUGAUAGGGAUAAGCUGGUGCUAGGUAUCCCGACCUAUGGCAGGUCCUACACGUUGUUUAAUCCUGACAGUACGGACAUCGGUGCCCCAGCCGAUGGUCCAGGUGAACAGGGCGACGCUACGAGGGAAAAGGGCUACCUUGCAUACUAUGAGAUCUGUCAAGCUCUUAAGGACGAAGAUGACUGGACCGUUGUACAGCCUAAGCCAGGAGCCAUGGGACCGUAUGCUUUCAAGAAUAACCAAUGGGUUGGAUAUGACGAUAUGGAUAUCGCUAAGAAGAAGAGCCAGUACGUGAACGAUCAAAGCCUCGGAGGAAUCAUGUUCUGGUCUAUUGACAACGACGAUUUCCGUGGGAAAUGUCAUGACAGAGCGUAUCCUCUGAUAGAAGCAGCCAAGGAAGCACUCUACGCUUCCUCUGGGACAUCCAACAACGUUGUGUCUAGUUCCAACAAGAAAGAGAAGACAUCUGGGUUCACAACACCUAACAGAAGAGUGACAAAACCAUCGAAAAGUCCCCCAAAAGUCUCUCGGACUACAACAACUACGCCUUCUCCCCCUUCAAAGGGACUUACAACCCCGGAACCUCCAACCACUCCUGAUCCUGGCAGCGACUUUGUUUGCAAAGACGAGGGUUUUUUCCCUCAUCCACGAGACUGCAAGAAGUAUUUCUGGUGUUUAGACAGCGGCCCAUCCAACUUGGGGAUUGUAGCUCAUCAGUUCACUUGUCCAUCAGGAUUGUUCUUCAACAAGGCAGCAGAUUCUUGCGACUACACAAGAAAUGUUCUGUGCAACAAGAAGGAUAAAUCAGAAAAAACAACAACAGCUGCUCCAAAGACUACCGCAUCAACUACAAAGUCCUCUGGAAGUAAAAUCAUCACUACAACUACUACUACCACUACCACCACAACAGAAGCACCUAUCCCUGAAGAAGAGUAUGAAGAAGAAGAAGAGGAGCAUGAGCAGGAAGACCCUGAGGCUAUUAAACAGCUGAUCCAACUCAUCAAGAAACUAGGAGGAGUUGCAGAACUAGAAAAACAGCUGGAGGGAGCUGGAGCCAGUGGAGUGUCUACUCCUGCCAUUCCUAGAAGUCUCUACAAGAAAGUUCUCACUCCCCAGAGACCAAGGUACCAGUCACCAUACAGGAAUGGACCAUCUGGCCCGCAGAAUGAAGGUUUGGCAAAGGAGGAUGAUGGUUCAAGCUAUCGCAGAGACAAACCUCAAUAUGUCACUAUUCGGAGGGAAAGACCAUCAACUGAAGCCCCAGAGGAAGAGAAAGUGGAAGUCGUAACUCCGAGUUCAAGGUACAAAUACACCAGCAUCAUCCGUAACCGCCCGCCACAGUACGAGGUGAAGGAGUCAACUGAGGAGGAAGAAGAAGAACCAGUUGUCCGGGCCGGACCGACAACACCUCGAUACCAGACUAUUGAGCGAUCCCGGCCGGCACAACCUAUCAAAGAAGACGAAGAGGAAGAAGAAAGGUUUAAACCCAAAUACUCAAGCAUUCAACGGAACAGACCAACCACUGUCGAAGCCUUCAUUGAGAGCACUACCCCCAGGUAUGUUACAUUGAGGAGGCAGCGACCUCAAUCGGAACAACAACAGGAGGAGUCAACAAUAAAACACACAGGAGAAACAAUAGUGAUUGAACAAGAGGAGGAAAUCAAACCGAUAGAGAUAGACGUUGAGGAACCGAUACCAACUUCGGUCAGGCCUAAGAUAAAGGUGAGUGAGGGUAAGCCAAACGUAGAGCAGAUGGAUGCUACGGCAGAGCCCUCAGAGAACAAUACAGAAACACCGACGACCGCGACCACCGAAGCUUCAACAGUCUUUAUUGUUACGCCGGAACCGAACACAAUAUACACAGAAGCCAAAACAUCAACAGAACCAAUCAGUACAAAACCUACCACUGUUCCAUAUCAGACAUCGACUCUGACCAGUAUAGUAACUGUAGUAGUUGAAGGAGCGACAGAAAGAAGAAGGGUACCGGUGAAAAAUCUCAAACAAGCUUUAGCCGACCACGACUUACUAGCUAACACUGUUUCAGCAGAUAAAAAACCUGUGGAAGGAAAGAGUAGCGUUAUUGAAAGCACCAAGGAGAUAGACCUUGAAGAUAAGGUGGAAGAGAAGAAUCGGUUUAGACCGAUUGGCAACUACCGGGGUAGACCGAGGAAACCGAUUGUAAUCGAACCUCCAACAACAAAAGCUUUGCCUCUUUACUUGCAACGCAGGAGAACCACUACUGUGGCUCCAGAUGUAAGUUCUGAAACUGAAGAAACUCAGACUUCUACCAAAGCUAAGCAGUUUGGACGAUUUACUCCUAGAAAUAGGGAGAGGGUAAGAGAAAGGCCGAGUUCUACUGAACCGAUUGCUGUUGAAGAACCUGAAAGCUCUACUCCUAGAGCAAACCGAUAUCGAACAUCAAGACCUACUACUGCGGGUUCAAGAUUUACUUUCAGAGGUCGCACUAGAAGUACUACAGAAAAACCUGAGGUGGAAGACGGGUUAGAAGAAAACAAAACAAGAAAUAAAUUUGGAAGUAAGGAUGAGCUGACAGAUAACAAUAGCAAGAAAAGGAAGUCCUAUGGAAAUAAGGCUAGUACAGAAUCGGAUUAUACAGAAAUCUCAUCUGAAAAGCCAACAAGGCUAUUUACUCGAGGUAGAUUGAGAACAACCACCACAGAAAAAGCUUCAACUCCACUUGAUGAUGAUGUAGCCACUCCAAAAUCUUCAAGUAGGUCUCGAUUUGUUAUUAGCAGAGGGAGAAAUCGAGAGUCAAGUUCAUUGUCAACUCGACCUUUGCAAUCUACAACUGAACAAAACUUUGAGUUGAAGAGUACAACUAGUCUAUUCAAUACUGGAGGCUCCAGAUUUCAGAUUCAAAGAAGGAGAAAGCCAAAGAACGAAACAGAGAGUGUUUCCCAGAAAACCACCUUAGAUCAACAAUCUACCACUGAGGACAGCUCAGUCAGAAGUACUAGCAGUGAAGAAGAAAAACAUGAAAUAAUGAUCUCUCAAGAAAACGCUAGUGUGAAACCAGGCCAACUUAGUAUUAGUUACAAUAGUACAACAGUAUCAAAUAAUACAAAUGAUCUAGUCUCAAUUCUCAACCUUGAUAAUUCUACCUCAACACCUAGUGUAAGUAAGAUUUUAAAUGAAACACGGAUUAAUCAAGAAGAAAAUAACAAUACUCUACCAAAUGUUACUCUAGCAACCACUGAAAGUACUUCUGAAAUCGUAAGCGCCGAUGCAGUUACGAAAAAUGAGUCUGUGACAACUGAGUCAAUAUUACUAAAAGGUGUUUUUCUGAAUAAUACAAAAGCAGAAAUCGAUAGUCAAAACCAAUCAUUAGCGGCAAAUACUAGUAACGACAAUGAUACUUUUGACGACAAUCAGUCAGACGGUGAAGUGUUGAAUGUUAUAGCUUCAAGAUACAAUGAGCAGUCUUUUACAGGUAGAAGGGGAUCUGUUCGGUUUCAAGGAGCCCCUGUUACAGAAGAUGUUUUAGGAAAUUCAAUACUUGAAAAAGAGAAGAAAGUAGUUACAGCUCCAAGUAGACGGAGAAAGAUUGAAAGUCAGCGAUCAGAGAAAAAUCUGUCCACAAGCAAAUCCGCUGAAGAUACAGAAAAAUCUUCAAGAAGACGGAAAGUUCUAGUCAGGAAAAACAAACCAAAUAACACAGAAAAAGUUACUGAAACCUCGACAGAAACUGCGAGAAGAAAUAGAGUCAUUGAGGAUAGGAACAAUAAUAGAGUUAGAAGUCGAGGAUUUAGCACACAGAAGCCUGAACUUGAAGAAUCAAGCAAAAAACAAUCACGAAUCUUGCCUAACAGACAGAGGAACGACAACGAAGAUUCACUUGGACUUGUUUCUGAACACGAACUUACAAGAGUCAACUACAGUGGAAAAGAUGAAGAGGUGGAGGGAAAAGAUAACAGACGAAGAAAAGUAAAAGUUCUGAAAAGUAUCAACCAAAUUAACACUUUGGACAGCACUGACAAUACAAGUGGAAAAAGGAAGGUUAUGGUAAUAAGAAAAAAAGUGAAAACUGAUAGUGACGGUGAAAGAGUUCCAACUCAAUCUAGACGAGGCUCAAACAGAUUUCCAGAAAGAGACUUGAGCGAUUUGGAUACAGGAACAUCUUUGUACGUCCAAAGAGAAACAGACGGUGAGUUUGAUGUUUCCAGAGGCAGUUUUCCGAGGUCGGUGAAAGGCCAGCCAUCAGAAAACUCUCUUACAGGGAGAGACACAAGAGGAAAAGUCAAGGCGUUUGAAUCCCUAUUUGAUGACAUCGUCGGAGUUACCGAUGUAAAUGAGGAGGCCACAGAUGUUCCAGAUGAGGUAGGAACUAACAGAGUAAGAGUGGGUUUCCGUCGGCCAGUUACCCCCUCCACUUUGAGGAGCCGGUCGUCUACGACUACAGAAAGUAACUUAGUAUCGGAGCGACCUACGGCGAAGUUCCUCAGGCGAAGAGUCCAAUCCAAAUUCCGUCCAGAGAGCAGAAAUACUACCGCUUUUGUGUCAACCGCUGCCACUUCACCCGCACCUGAUCUUUACGAGACAACAGCAAAGCAAAGAAGGUUUGAGUUUCCGCGCAGAUCUUCCAAGGUCAACAUCAACUCUCUCCCUCAACAAGCUGCGUUGGUUGGAACGUCCGCACCCUUCGUAGAGAUACAAGACAACCAUUCGGAUGAGUCGCUCCACGAAGUUGACACCGAGAGGUUAGAGAACCAAGAGUCGUUGGAAGGAGACCUGCAGGGUCUGGGCGUGGAAGAUGCAACUCUUCCUGAUCUAGCUAAUGUGGCAGUGGUGGCCAUUCAGUCCUUGGCUACAGCACCUCCCUCUACUGAGACAUUUGCUCCAGUGACUGUCACCAAUCGAAGACGAGUCUCCCGUCCUUCCACCACCACCACAACGACGACUCCUCAACCCACCGUAGCUGUGAGGCGUGGACCACCCAGACCAUUCUCCAAAGUAAGGCCUGGGCCAACAACCAUCGCACCAAAGUCACAAUUCAUCACGAGGCAUAAACCCUACGACGACCUGGCACCCGAUUACGAAGACUACUACGCAGAACCGGUUGAGAUUCCGCUGAGUGGUAAAGUCAGAAUACACAACGACGGGUACAUCGAGUGCCUGGACAUCGGAAACUUCCCUCACCCGUUUGCAUGCAAGAAGUUCAUUUCUUGCGCCAAGAUGGAGAAUGAACAUUUACUUGGAUGGGAGUACACGUGUCCGAGAGGAUUGUCGUUUGAUCCGAUCGGAGGAAUUUGCAAUUGGUCGGCUGGACUUGGCUGCAAAGAGUGAGAUCUUUACAAACCCCACAGAAAAAAUUGGGUGAUGAGAGACUACUUGGUUGAAUGUUUUCAUUUAGAUGUUCAUAACAAUUUACAUCAACCUAUCUUAUUACAGGUUUUGGUUUUACCAAGAACUGGGUUGUAAAUUAGUUAUGAAUAGAUGGAAAUUAUUCUAGCAUUGCACCAUUGAUUAUUGCUUACCGAUACUAUUGUAUCAAUAGUCAAUAAUGAUUGUACCCUAUAACUUCUUGCAUUGGUACUCCUUUAUAUAUUCUACACGAAUGAUUUUUUGAUGGUCAAUUCAACUCCAGUUAGCAAAACAAAUCAACUGCGCUAACUUAAGUUUUUACUGAACUCACUGAAUUCUAAUUAUAGACUGGAGGGAAAUUUGACAAAUUUCAAAGGUCUCUCUCAUCCAACUAUGCAAAGUGGGGGUUGAAAAGUUUUCACCUAAACUCACCCGCUACCUGAAAAGCCAAGAGCCAGUCCAAUCCGACCAAGACUGACCUUGAUAUUCUGUAAUUUUGUAAAAAUGAUGCAAAGUUUAGAUGAAUGUUCAAUAGACUCUCCAAAAUCCAAACUUAUAAGGCAAACAGCUAUUCUGGAUUUUAAAGUAUCUGGGUUUCCUUAAAUCUGUUUUUAGUACAAUAUUAAGACACAGUGGCGCAUAGCACAGAUAGCAAAAAGUUAAAUAUUCUGAUUUAUCAGCUGAUAUACUAUAUAAUACUCAGCGUUACUGUUAUUGCACUUUAAAGCCUACAGUAUCAAAACCCUUCCACAUUCUCUCAGGCAUUUAUUUCCAUGCAAUCGCAAAUCAUGUAAUUCAGGCUUUCCUUUUCCGCAAGCAGUCAAUUUGUUUUAUCAGUCUGUAUUUCCUGGAGCCCAGAUUAUUUCUAGAGUCUGUUGUACUUGUGAUUGAUCAAAGAGUUAGAAAGUUAGUUUAAGCAAUAAAAUGUUAGGCCUAUGUUAAAAAAAAACUUAAGUUCUUUUUUAUCAAAACUUGUUAUUAAUUUAUUCAGGAAUGUAAUCCAAUCCACUAGUUAUACUUGAAAGUUUAUUGUUGCAGUUUUAAAAUAAGGCCAGUGUUAAAGUAAGAGCACUAUAUUAAUUUUAAUGUAUACGAUAACAAAUUAUAAUGAAAAAAUAUGGCCAAUUCAAUAACAGAACUUUUUACACAAAUGCACACUGUACAGUACUCUUGGUUAUGAUUAUGUAAGUUAUGUUGAUAUUGUUAGGAUCUGUAAAUAGUUAAUAUUAUUUUAUACGAAAA